GGGAGAUGGUAUUUAUGGCCCCUAGGAAGAGACAUAUACCCACAGUGUUUUAACUGAUAUACUCCCACACCUAUAUGCACACUCACUUACGUGCACGCAUAUAUCAGCUAUGCACACACAGUCACUCACGAGCACUCACAUAGACACGCGGGAACGCGCACAUGUAGGCAUUCACGUGCUCGCACACACACAAGUAAAAGUAGGUAAACAUAGCACUUAGUUUUAUGGCACCUCGUAGAGGGAUUAGAAGGGGGGUCACUUAUACAAAACUGCAUGUAACAGACAAAGGGGUUGAGAUCUGCAGAGAAAGUCCGGGGUUCUGUACAUCUCCCUUCUAGAAGGUAUAAUCAAUAAGUGUGUAUGAAUAAAGGUAUUGUUAAUUGACUACUGAGUCCCGGUGUUCUUUCUGGAAGCCUGACGAAUAUACGAACCGGGGUGAAACUGCUUUUUGCAACAGUUUUGGUGCCGAAACCCUGGGAUUCGCUCGAGGCCCAGAGAGGACGAAUUGGCAGAGCUGAGAUCGUGAAAACGAGGCGAACAGAGAGCCGGCUCAAUCAUUUAUAAGGUAAGCACCACCUGUUUAUUUUCGAAAUGUGCAUAUUGAAUAAAGUCUAAAUUAUCUGUUCGCUAAGUUGAGCGUAUCCCAGUGUAAAUUCACUCAGUAGAAAAAGGCGGCUAGGGUCCGCCUCAGUGCGUUAAAGCAAGAGACUUUUGCUAAGAACCCAGGUUGAUGUUUAGCGUACUGUUGAGCGACUAAAGCAAGAGACUUUUGUUAAGAACUUCAGGUUGAUGUUUAGCGCCCCGUAAGAAAAAGCAGGAGAUGUUUGUUACGGAUUAAUAGAAUCGGUGUUUCAUCCGUGGCGGUGUGUGAUCCGUCUUAGUUAUUAGGAAAAAGUGGCAGUGUGUGAUCCGUCCUCCGUGCGUUAAAGCAGGAAACGUGUGUUACUAUUAGUUAGAAAGCGGGGCUGGAAGGCCUCGUCGCCAGCUUAGGGCUGUGUGUGUUCCGGGCUUGGUUGCCCCACCUAUUCUCGGACGCGGGGAUAGGACCUGUGGGACAGGAGAUUCCAGGGUGGUUACCUAGGGGACCGGGGACGCCUUAAAUAACUAAAGCUAGGUGUUGGAUCCUAGUCGCGGUUGAUAACCUGCAUGAGAGUGGGGGGCAAGUUGCUUCGUUAGUGAAAGCACGACGGCUUGGCUCACCCCACUGACUGCAGCGUUAGUAAAUUGCGUUGUGUGUGUGGAAAGCGCCGUUAGAGUCGGCGUCUCGUUGAAGUACGGGAAUCAAUUAUAGUAACAAAAAGAAUUUGUGUCUAAAAGUGUGUGUUUGUGGUGUGCAGAAAUCGCAGCAGGAGGCCGUGUCGCGAAUUAUUGCAAACAGUGAAGUCAAUUGGGGGGUUGAAUUUGGUUUUAUUUUUUCUGGGGAAGAGAAACUGCGGUAUCCAGUCCGUGGCGCAGUUUGAAUAAUUCGCGAGGCAAAUGUGGCGUGAUCUGACGAUUGUGAGCCUAAUUGUCCUAGUUUUGUGAGGUGUGAGCAGACGGCACCCGCUCUUGGUGCUGACUGGGGCGUUGUCCUGGAUCAGCAGAGGAGGAAGUGUCCCGCAGUGAGUUGUGAAGGGGACUGCGAGAAGUAGGAGGUGUGCGAUAGCCAGCCUCAGGGGGCGGACUCAUUUGUGGGACGGAGGAGGAGUACCAAGGAGUAGCUCGGAGGGUUCCGAGGAAAACUACAGCGACAUCUGGUGGUAAGUAAAGGGAAUUUCAGGUGAGUUAAAAUAAUGACUGAACAACAGGAGAUUAUUAGAGAAGGAGUGAGGAGUCCAACGGAGGGAGAAAUGCAAUGGAAAACUGUUGAGAAGCAAAAAGAGAAAUUAGGGGAAGCAUUGAAGAUCACCAUGACAGGACAUCUAACAGGUUUUGUUGGAAGCGGCCAAGGCAUCUGAGGAGAAGGAGGAGAAACUCAGGAAAGAGUUGGAUGGAGCAAAUAUCUUGGAGAAGAGGGGAGUUAAGGACCGAAUAAAGGAGGAGAAACGAGCCAGGCUGGCUGCAUGGGGAAUCAGCUGCCAAGGAUUGGAGCACUGGAUGAGGGAACCUGUGGAAGAGGAAGUACCGACAUUCACCACAGGCAGAGGAAGGCAUUGCAGAGACUACUGAAGGGCUGUUAAAGGUGGGGGUGUUGGAGCCUUCCACGUCUCAAUGGAACACGCCUAUUUUGCCAGUGGAAAAGCAUGGCACAGGGGUCAACAGUUAAGGUAUACUCGGUUGCCACAGGGAUUUGCUCUGUCACCGGGGAUUUUUAACCAGGUGUUGAAGCAGACGUUGGAACCGUGUGUGAUGCUGGCUGGCUGCACUCUGGUUCAAUAUGUUGAUGACCUCCUGAUUGCCGCUCCCACGGCAGACGCUUGCUUUCAGGCCACCAUGACCGUGCUCAGGAGACUGGCAGAGGCGGGCUUUAAAGUGAGUAAAGACAAAUUACAGUUGGUAAGACCACAGGUGACUUUUUUAGGGAGAGAGGUGAAACAGCAUAUGGUGGGGAUGAUGGCUGCUCAUAGAAGUGCCAUUCUCUCCCACCCGCGGCCGGAGACUGUGAAAGAGAUGCUUUCCUUUUUAGGUCUCACAGGCUACAGCCGGCAGUACAUUCCAGACUAUGUGGGCCGCACUAAUCCUUUGCGUGACUUGGUGAAGCAGCAUGGAAUGAGAGACCUGACUGCUAAGUUGAACUGGACUACUGAAGCUGAACAAUGCUUUAUUUCUCUGAAACAGGAUCUUUCUCGAGCAGUAGAUUUAGCUGUGCCAGAUUACAACAGGGACUUCUUCUUAGAUGUUUCUGAAACAAAAGGGGUGGUGAAUGGCAUUUUGUUUCAGAAAAAAGGGGGAGGUAGACAGCUUUUGAUGUACAUCAGUGUAUGCUUAGACAACAUGGAGAAAAGGCACCCUACAUGCACUCAGCAUGUAGCUGGAGUGGCAAAGGCCAUCCAGAAAGUAGCACAUAUAGUUAGAGGACACCCACUGAGAGUUUUAACAACACACAGUGUGGUGGCUUAUGUUAACUCACAGGCCUUCACCAUGACCCCACUUAGACAACAGAGGCUCAGCAAAGUGCUGGAGGCCCCAAAUUUGACUCUUACACUUGAAGGGAUUAACAUGGCAGACCAAAUGGGGUCAGGGGAACCGCACGACUGCGCUCAGGCGGUCUGGAAAGAAGACAAGACAAGACCAGAUCUCAAAGCGGAAGCCAUGGAAGGAGCAGAGGAUCUCUUCACAGAUGGCUGCUGCUUUAGGGACGAGAAGGAGGGGCUCAAGGCAGGCUAUGCAGUGGUAAGUAAGAGAGGGGAGCAGCUGGAGGUGAUCAAAGCAGCAAAGUUGGAAGGGCAGCAGUCAGCGCAGAGAGCAGAGGUGAUUGCACUGAUUGAAGCCCUUAAAUAUGCUCAAGGAAAGAAGAUAAACAUUUACACCGAUUCAGCCUAUGCCUUUGGAGCCGCACAUGUGGAGCUGGGUCAGUGGAAGAGAGCUGGAUUCCUCACUACCAAUCAACAACCAAUCAAACAUGAGAAGGAAAUGAGGGCACUGGAAGAGGCGCUGGAAGGACCCCUGGAGGUGGCAAUAAUAAAGUGCAAGGGACACGACGAUUCGGCCACCUGGGUUGCUCGAGGUAAUCGAGCAGCAGAUGAAGCAGCCAAAAAGGUGGUUGGUUACACAGGGAUCAGACAAAUGGUAAGUAUGGGAAUAGAUUGGGAAGAAAAUCCAGGGCUGGCAGGGCGCGAAGAGAUCAUAAAAGAACAGGAGAAGGCCUCUCCAGAAGAAAAGUCACUCUGGAAGGAGAGAGGAGCCAUAAAGGUAAGCAACAUUUGGAGGGGCCAGAUGGAAGACCAGUGUUGACGGCAGAUAUGGCAGAGAAAAAGAUCAGAGAAGCUCAUGGCCUUGGGCAUGUGGGUGUGGCCCAGAUGGAGAGGAAUCUCUGUCAUUGGUGGCACCCAUUCCUGAAGGACAUGUUGAGGGAGCAUGUGCGAACCUGCCUUAUCUGUGGCCAACACAAUCCUAAACCCACAGUGAAACCAGAGAUGGGUAAGUUUCCCCUGGUCCAGAGGCCGGGGCAGGAAAUGGUGAUUGAUUACACAGACAUGGUGACACCAGCGAGGGGCUUCAGAUACCUGCUGGUAUGUGUGGAUAGUUUGACAGGGUGGCCAGAGGCGUGGCCAGCCCGGAGAGAAGACAGCACAACAGUCAUUUAGUGUUUGAUAAAUCAUUACAUUCCCUGGCAUGGAUUCCCAGAGAGAAUUAGAUCAGAUAAUGGGACACAUUUUAAGAAUAAACAUUUGCAGGAAGUGGAAUCCAUGCUAGGGUUGCAACACAGGUUUGGGACCGUUUAUCACCCACAGUCUCAAGGUAAGGUUGAGCGAAUGAAUCAAAACUUAAAAAAUAAAUUGGCUAAGAUCUGUGCACAGACCAAAAUGGAUUGGGUUGAGGCGUUACCAAUAGCCCUCAUGAGCAUUAGAUGCUCAGUAAAUCAGUCUACCGGGUUCACUCCUUAUGAGCUGUUCACCGGGAGACAAUUUCCUGGACCCACUGCAGGGAUACCAGCCUUUAGACAAGAAAUGCCCACAUUUGAACAUUUAAAGCAGUUUAAAGCACUAAAAGCUCUUGUCUUAAGUUUUACAUCACAGGUGACUGCGGGCUAAGGACAGGAGCAGACGGUGCCAGAGGUGAAGUGGGUGUGGCUGAAGGUUUAUAAACGGAAGUGGAACGAGCCCAGGUGGACAGGUCCGUUUGAGGUGGGGACCAGGACCUCACACGCAGUUCAGCUGAAGGGGAAAGGUGAAACCUGGUACCACUGGAGCCAGUGUGCUGUAGCUGAAGAGCCUAAGCGGUCGGAGAGGCUCUUGGCAAAAGAAAAGAGGGGGAACUCGGCUGAGACCCCUCACAUGGAUCCCAGCCCAGGGACAGAAUAAAUCCCUGAUCCAUGCAACGACUGAAGGGUAGUCUACCCCGGAAGUCGAAGAAAGAAGAGCGACAGAGGAUCGCACAAUCCAGAAGAUAAAGUGAAUUGCCCAGAGACAGACCCGAAUCCACUCUGGCGACUCCACCAUCACAGGCCACGGCGAAGCGAACCAAACGCAGUGAAACAGGUAAAUCAGAUGAGUGUUUGGAUUAUUAUGGCGGUAUAGAGUUGGACUACGUUAAAGGGUCCACUACCUCGUAUACAUUCGACCUUUGUGCUGUCAUUAAAUGUAAAGGCUUAAACAGUUCAUGGCGGGGAUAUGAUGUCUGGAUAGGUUAUAAUCCAAUGGUAGGUAUAGAGUGUAAUAAUCAGAAGCUUGGCUACCCCUAUCACACUUAUUGGAAGGGCCCGUGUGACUACUGGUCUACCAUAGUGGAGUAUUCUGGCACGUGGCGCCCCUACAAGGACACCACGUGGCAGAAGCUUGGGUUUCAGCGGGACUUCUCAGCUGGGCAGAACCCGUUGACCCUCUCACUGAAUCGUUGGUAUGACACCGUGUGGCCCGCCCGAUCUGUGGUGUAUUUAUUUAUAGGGGCAGAUGUCUCAGGGAAGGAUCCAUACGGUUUGGUUAAAAUUAAUUUUAGAGAUUUUGCACACGGUGUGGCUGAAAUAACUGUAUCAACACCUCCCCCGCCAUUGCCACUUUCUGAAUCGGGCCCACAAAUAAUCGAGGUAGAUUAUACAAGACUAAAACCUAAACAGCUCAUUUCAAUGGCUACUGGCUAUCGUGAAAGCAAUUUAUGGCUAGACUGGCUUAUCCAAAAUGCUAGGGAACAGAAGGUUUCAGAUUGUGUGGCGUGCGCAGCUGCCCGCCCACAUCU